AUGCCGGGCGGGAGGCCGCCUAUCGUCCUCGACGACAGACGAGAAUGGAUCACGGAACGCGUGGCUGCUGGCAUUACGCAGGAAGAGAUCCGCCGGGAGCUGGAAGAGCAGCAUGGCGUAAAGAUCGGGAGGUCGAAGUUGAUGCAACAGCUUGCCACUUGGAACAUCACUGCGAGACGGCCAGCCUACAAGGACUCCGAGGAACUGCGAGAGCGCGUCGCGCAUUGCUUCCACGUCCUGCGCUUCACUGAUGAGAAGACGCGCGAGUUGCUGGAGAAGGAAGGCUACAAUAUCGGUGAAAAGAGAAUCGCGCGACUACGGAAAGAAAUGGGUCUAUUGAAGCGCAUACCGGCCUCAGAGCGCGACGAUGCAGAGGCUGCAAUUGCGCAGUUGCUCCACCAGGAGUUGAAGGACGGCAACAAAAUCAGAGAGCUAGGCCGCCAGCAAUUGUAUAAGCAUAUCCGCUCCAGAUAUAAUGUCGUCGGACGUGAUCGUAUCUACAAAGUGGCCAAUCUGUUCGACCCAGAAGGUCCCGUUCGACGACGUGUUGAGAACGGUCGCGCCACUGCGAGAAGACGCGCCGGCCCACAGGCCAUCAAUGACCCGACCGGCGACGAGCAUGCUCCUGGAGAGCCCGACACUAUGUGCCCCGAUCCUAUCGACCCGUUGAUCAUGGCAGUUUCUGGCGCGCAAACGGCUGGACUUCCUACCGCACCAGCUGACAUUAUGGAAUGUAAUAGCUCAGAUCAUUACCCUCCGUCAGCUCAAAUUCAGUGA